UAGCACAUGAUACUAAAAUGAUAAAUCACCCUUGGUUUUUUUUUUUGUUUAGCCAAGCGUUGGCAGAUAUACUACCAACCGGAAUGCUGUUUGUCAGGUAAUGACGUUCGCAAAUGUCUUCCUCGCAUUAGUUGUAUUUAAAGACCAGAGAAGAAUCUCUAAGUGUCUAAUUUUUUUCGAAACUUGAUCAUUUUGACUUUGAAAUCAUUUUUUCGUCCAUGCUUCCCAAUUGUUGUGAAAUCACCUAUUUCAUAAGUAGGUUAUUGUUAAGAAAUGAUCAUGACUCAUAUACUAGAACUUGUCUGUACAUGAAGGCAGAAGAUGAAAUUGAAUGCAGUUUAUUCAAAAUCCCCAUCACGUCAUUUAUGGUUUUUAAUGUCCUGCUCUCAUCGUAACAGACGCUCACAAAGGCUCUGCUUUGUCAGCAGUGGGUUCUUUUUAAGGUUAUCAGUACAUCAUCAUCCUCAGAAGUGCUUGUGCUUGUGAAAAGUUUAGUGCAGCAUAACUGGGUUAAAUUCCAUAUAACACGAGGAAAUGAAUAUUGGGGCCGGCAAAAUGCACAUCUGCAUAUAUUAUUGUGGUUUAAAGCUGACAUGCACAAUUGUUUCGUUUUGCACGUAAGUGGCUUCAGUCAUUUAACCCAUUAUGAUAAGCUUUGGACUUUGGACCUUUUAUAUAUGUUUUUCAAGACCUAUUAUUCAAAACACUUAUCCACAGCUAUUGAAAGCACUGCUACACUGAACGAUGGGAGUAGAAUGGUGGCUGAUUUUGUUAUAGAAGGAAAUGAAUCAGUCCUUUUGAACAGAUUAAAGUGAUGAUGGGGAGGCCGGUCUUGGGACAUCCUCCUCCUCCUACUGAGUUUUCUACCUCAUACCUCCUUUAGUAGUUGACAGUGCUAUGCUGGGUUGGCUAGUGAUAAAGCUGUGUGCGCUUUUGGACGACCUGCUUUCACCUCUUCACACUGCAGAAAAGGGAAGGACAUGAAUGCGUCAUUUCCAGAGCUCAGGGAAAACAUCACCUGUCUGAGCUCCAACAGCACCGAUUACUUCAAACGACAAGUGUAUCCUAUAGCAUACAUCCUCUUUUUUGUCCUGGGACUUGUCGGUCACUCUUUAUCUCUCUGCGUCUUCUUCAGCCAAUGGAGGACCCAGAAGAGUUUCACUCCGGUCAGCUUGUUAAUGGUGAACCUGUUAGUAUCAGACCUGAUGCUGGUGUCCUCUCUGCCCCUGAGGGUCUCCUACUACUUAAUGAACUCGCACUGGAUUUUUGGGCACGUCACCUGUAAAUUAAUCUCAUAUGUGUUUUAUCUGAAUAUGUACAGCUCUGUGUAUUUCCUAGUGGCCCUGAACAUCCUGCGUUAUCUGGCGCUGGUGCGGCCGUACCUGUACGUUCGUAUACAGACGCACUACGUCGCAGGUAUCGUGUGUGCUCUCAUUUGGCUCUUUAUGGGUGUUGCAUGCAGUCCACUGUUGUUCACUAAGAAAAAGAAUCAAAGCCAAGGCCAUUUUCGAUGUUUAGAGCUGGCGGAGGACAAUGUGGACAAAUUGCUCCUCAUCAACAACGUUACGUUUCCAGUGGGCUUUGUGUUGCCUUUGGUGAUUGUUCUUUUCUGCUCGGUCUUGGUUGCGAAGAACCUUCUGAGGCCUAGUCCUGCACUCGGUAGAACCAGACCUUGCAGGAAGAAGGCUUGUGCUCUGGUCAUCAUCAGCCUUGGGAUCUUCCUGGUGUGCUUUAUGCCGUAUCACAUAGUGCGGACAAUCUUCUUAACAACUGAGAAGCAUGUCCAGAUGCAUGGAUACAAAGACUCGUGUGACUAUAUUUUGGUAGUCCGUAAGGCUGCCGUCAUAGCGCAUUGCUUGUGCACGGCUAACAGUUGUCUGGACCCCGUUCUCUUCUUCUUCGUUGGGGAAAAUUCCCGAACAUUCUUUGCUAAAUGGACAGGAGGAAGAAAAACCAGCACUUGUGCUUCAGGGAGGAAUCUACAGCAGGAAGAGUUACGGGUUUUGCAGAACUGAAUGGAAAAUGGUUGAACAGAUCCGAUCAACAAAGAACAGACCAGAAGUACAAACAAAGAACAUACAAGAAGUACCGCAUUCUUCUGUGUACUUCAUAAAUAGAUGCACAAAAAGGUCACGUUUUACUGAUCGGCCUUUAGAGAUAUUGUGGGUUCAUUACGAUAAACUCAACAAAAUUUCGAUUCCUGCAAAUUAAUUUAGACUGAUCCCUAUUUUUUUUAUUUUUAUUAAUAAAUCUUGAUUGCAAAUGAUUGCAAAAUUUGUAAACGUUAAGAUAGGCUACUCAUUGUUUCAGUAUAGCCACAAGACUUGCGUAAAAAUGAGUGUUAUGAUUUUAGUGUGGAAAAAUACUAACCUUUUCUGUAUUACAACUAUGAUAACCAUCAAAAUGAGGCCAACAGCUAUACAGCUAAAAUAGUUUUAAUAGAAGGCUAAUGCCUGGUUUCACAGACAAAGCUUAAGUCUAGUCCCAGACUAAAAUGCAUAUUUGAGCUGCCUUAACUGAACGCAACUUGCACUGGCAUACCUUAAAAUAAAUAAAACCCAUUGAUUUGUAUCAACACCAGAAAUGUUUUUCCUAGGAAAUAUAAAAAAAAAAGUUCUAAUUUAACUAAGGCCCAAUCCUGGCUUAAUUUAAGACCUGUCCGUGAAACCAGACAAAUAAGUGCUUUUAUAAAAUUAAAAUGAUCACAAAUCCUCCAGAAAUAUAAUAAUAUUAUAACGGUAUUAUUGAAUGCUGUUGAUCGAGCUUGUAAUGAACCCGAUAUGUAAGUCACUGCAUGUGCUCUUCCUCAGUUCCAUUAUCCAAUAACUUCAGGUGGCGGAUCAGUGUUUGCGCUUCCAUUGGUAACUCUAAAUAACUGUUACCUCAGUAUUGUGGUGUUGAAUGUUAAGUGAAUCAUGCUAAUAUUUAGCCAGUGCUGUUGCACCCAUAUGUGUACUAUAGCAUGUAUUAUGGUUUCAAUUUAUAUUUUCAAUUUAAAUGGUUUGUCCUGUGCUGAAGGUCUCACUUCUCUCUGUACAUCUAUGGCAUGUGUCUGCAGAGUCCCAUGUUAAAUUCUGCGUAAUCAGGAAGCAAAAGUAAUGCAAGCAAAGCAUGUGGCUUCAUGCAUUCACCUGCUUUUCACAGCUCUCCUUAUCGACACAUUACAACUGCACCCUUCCUCUUUUUUAGGUUACCAUACUUGACACACUUUUGUUAUAAUAGCCCAUGUUGGAUGUCAUGGUCACUGCUGGUCAGAUUUCAUUGUAAACAUGCAUCCCAUGCGUAUUGCAGUACUUUUUUUACUUUUUCUUUUAGAUGCAAUGCUUAAAGAGAAAAUGUCAAGAGAACUGUUUCUAAGAGCAAUUGUUUUGUUUAUACAUAAACAUUGAAUGGGCUGUAAAAAAUAAAAAAAAUACUGCUUCCUCUUUCAUUUCAUCCAUAAAUGGAAGUAUUAUAACUUGUUCUCUCACUAAAGCUCCUCCCAUUAUGGUGCAUACUGCUCAACCUGACUGAAGCACAUUAGAAACGUCCUCUGCAUCAACACACAAGUUAAAGUCUUGUGAGCUAUGGACUUAGAUUGCAUUUUUAGCACUUUAGAGCAAUUUUGGCAAAGGUGUUUAUUAUCAAGUUAACUGUUAGCCACCAAGCAAUAAUAGCAUGUUUUAAAAGCUCAGCAGCUGAUGCUUUUGUCUUGUGGAAAUGUUUCAUUUAAAUUAAUCCUUGAUAUGAGAAACUAAUAUUGAUAUAAUGUGGAUGUUAACCUACCAAAUACCAAAUUAAACACUCCAAAUAUAACUACAGGUAAAUUCAAGCAUUUGUUUUAGUUUUAGUUUUCAUUUAACCUAUAUUCAUCCCAGCAGUAACAGUGGUUUUGCAUUUUAUACGCAUCUGUUGGUAAGAAAUGUUUGCUAACCUCUGGCACUGCAAUGAAGAUGUUCCUUUUAUGACACACUUGUAAAUAACACUCUGCACUAUGCUGUUAAAUCAUCUUUGUUUUAUGUUUUGUCAAUGUAAAUUAUCUUGCGGCCCUGAGAACCACCGUGGUAAGCUGUAUUGUAUGUGUAUAGUUUUUUUUUUUUUUUCUUUUUUUUUUUUUUUUUUUUUACAGAGAUGUACUUUUACAUUUUAUAAAAUGUUUUGAGCUUUAAAAAAAGUAAUGUUUUAUUUGUUGUGGUACUAGCUGUAGUAGUUUUGUCCAUUCCAUG